AUGAUUGAAACUGGAAGUACCGCUAAUACAACAUCCAAUUUACUUCCGAUAACUGCGGAAGUAACAAAUGAAGACGAUGAUACUGCCCGGCCUGAAGCAACAUUUCGAUUUACGGUUAAAAAUAUAAGCCAGAUGAAAGAACAGGUUCUAUCACCGCCGUGUUACAUUAGGUGUCUACCAUGGAAAAUUCUUGUUCUUAUCCGUAACACUACAACUCCCGAUCGUCAGCAACAAAAAGCUCUUGGAGUUUUCAUUCAAUGUAAUGGUGAUUGUGAUUCACCGGGUUGGUCAUGUUAUGGAUUGGGUGAAAUAAAACUUUUAUCUUACAAACAUGAUGGUGAGCAUCUGUGUAGAAAAAUUCAUCACAUGUAUCACAGUAAAGAAGAUGAUUGGGGUUUUGCACAUUUCAUUUCUUGGAAGGAUCUGAUGGACUCUGAAAAUGGUUUUGUAAAAGAUGACUCAAUAACAGUUGAAGUACAUGUUGUUGCAGAGGCACCUCAUGGUGUUUCCUGGGAUUCUAAAAAACAUACUGGAUACGUCGGCUUAAAAAAUCAAGGUGCAACAUGUUACAUGAACUCCCUUUUACAAACCCUCUUCUUUACCAAUGUUUUACGCAAGGCGGUCUACAAAAUUCCCACUGUAGGAGAUGAUAGUUCGAGAUCUGUCGCAUUUGCACUUCAACGCGUUUUCUUUGAUCUCCAAUUUUCCGAGAAACCAGUUGCAACAAAAAAACUAACGAAGAGUUUUGGCUGGGAGACAUUAGAUUCAUUUAUGCAACAUGAUGUCCAAGAGUUUUUACGAGUUUUAUUAGAUAAGCUAGAAAAUAAAAUGAAGGGUACUUUAGUGGAAGGAACAGUACCAAAGCUUUUUGAAGGGAAGAUGACAUCUUUUAUUAAAUGCAAAAAUGUAAAUUGCAGUAGCACUCGAGUAGAAACGUUUUAUGAUAUUCAAUUAAGCGUUAAAGGAAAAAACAACCUUUACGAGUCAUUUAAAGACUACAUUAGCACAGAAACAUUAGAUGGUGAGAAUAAAUAUGAUGCUGGGGAGCACGGCUUGCAGGAAGCUGAGAAAGGAGUGCGAUUUGACGAGUUUCCUCCUGUACUACAUCUGCACCUUAUGAGGUUUCAAUACGACCCACAAAGCGAUGCGUCUGUCAAAUUUAAUGACAGGUUCGAAUUUUAUGAAGAGAUUAACUUGGAUCCAUAUCUUCAGGAGAUACCGAAAGUACCAGCACAUUAUACGUUGCAUGCAGUUUUGGUUCAUUCCGGUGAUAACCAUGGAGGUCAUUAUGUAGUGUUUAUCAAUCCCAAGGGCGAUGGAAAGUGGUGUAAAUUUGAUGACGAUGUAGUAUCACGCUGUAGAAAAAAAGAAGCCAUCGAGUACAAUUUUGGCGGAAAGGAAGAUGCACCAUAUUUAGCAAGACGUGCAACAAGCGCGUAUAUGCUUAUUUACAUACAAACAUCACAGCUGAAGUAUGUUCUCCAAGAUGUUACAGAGAAUGAUAUACCAGCGGAUCUGUACGAGCGCAUCAACGAAGAAAUGAGAUACGAGAUGGCGGCAGAAAAAUAA